GAAGCGCCUGCGCAGUCGCUCGUCCUUAGGCGGCAGCCAUGGCGGGACAAGAGGAUCCGGUGCAGCGGGAGAUUCACCAGGACUGGGCGAACCGGGAGUACAUUGAGGUCAUCACCAGCAGCAUCAAGAAAAUCGCGGACUUUCUCAACUCGUUCGAUAUGUCUUGUCGUUCAAGACUUGCAACACUAAACGAGAAAUUGACAGCCCUUGAACGGAGAAUAGAGUACAUUGAAGCACGGGUGACAAAAGGUGAGACCCUCACCUAGAACUGUGCCAUGCUGCUGCUGGGAAGUUGCUUUACAGAACACAGGCCUACGUGGGAAAGGCUCCAGCAGCCGUCAGCUCCUCCUUCUCUCCUUAAAGAGCAACAGGGCUUAUUCUUGUUUUUCUUUCCUUCAAAAAUGUGGCCUUUGGGCUCUGCCGUGUACAUCUGAGAGUGUGAUGUGGCAUGUGGGGAGAGGUCCGGGGGGAACUCUUGGAAACAACAUUAGGCAUUUUACCUUUUCAGUAACAUUUUGUAGAACUACUUGUCAAUGUGUUUGAGGCAUUCAAAGCCAAAAGCCCGGGAGCCCUUGUUAAGGUCCUCCCCACCGCUCGCUCUCUCUCUCUCUUUCCUUACAGCUCUCAUUGCCUCUGCAUUGAUUCUAUAAACAGUCUUUGUCUCCUCCCCACCUUUGAUGGGGGGUGGGAGGCAGUCCUGGCUGAGACACUCACGUCCUGGCAAGGUGGCUGCCAGAGAGUGUUGUUGCUAACCCAACAGUGUCUGUCCUUUUGGGGAGGUCCAGGCCAGAUCCCCACUUGGCUUAAAGGGACAUUUUCAGAGUUUUCUUUCUGUCACUUGGGGUGUCUUUGCCUCUCAUAUUUCCCUAAUAAACUCCUCAACUUUA